AUGGUUUCUUCUACUACGUACAUCAAUGUUAUUGAAGAAUCUGCAGCGAUGCUUCUUGUAAUAUUGCUGGGCUACUUUGGCUCGAUAUUCAAGAUGUUCGAAGGUCCUGCUUUUAAGGGAUUUUCGAAAUUUUCAGGAACAAUUGCAUUUCCUCUACUUCUCUUUGACUCAAUUGCAGAAACGCCAUUUAAGGACAUUUCCCCAAAGCCUCUUAUUAACUCAUUGUUAUCAAGCAUUUUAAUUCAUGUACUUUGUGGCGGAGUUUUCUUCUUUAAAUUUGAAGAUACUUUAGAAGUUUACUUGGCAACUGUUUGUGCCUCAUGUUACAUUAAUUACAUCAUUAUUGGUCUUCCAAUUUUCGAAUCAAUCUGGGGUACAUCAUAUGAUGUUGUUCCUGGUAUUGCAUCAUUUGGAAAUUGCAUUAUUUCAGUUCCUCUUUUCAUUAUUGGAUCAAAGAUCAGAGCAAUUAAACUUGAAAAGAAGAAGAGGCUUGAAGAGUUAGGAGAUAAUUACAACAAAGAUGAUGUUAAUCAAGAUGAUUUAAGAACAAAACCAAAGGACAUCCUUAUGGCUUUUUACGCGGCACUCAAGAAUCCUAUUGUUGUCGGAAACUGUGCCGGUUUAAUUUGGUCUGCUAUUGGUGUAAAGCCACCUAUCUUUUUAAACAAAUUUACAACAUACUAUGGAGCUUGUAUUGGUUAUCUUGCUCUUUUCGGCUUAGGACGAUUCCUUCAUCAAGAGUCAUUUGUAGCUUGCAAGUGGUAUCAUUUAAUUAUCUGUUUGGUAAUAAGAUUCAUUAUUUAUCCUUUAGUUUCUUUAGGAUUGGCAGUUGCAUUUAAACUUGAUAACAGGCUUGCAAGACAAUGCAUUAUAUUAUCUAUGCUACCAACAGCGAACUCUGCUUUCAUUUUAGCCGAAUCAUUAAACUGUGGAUCAAAUGUUAUUUCCACAGUUAUCUUAUGGACACUGAUCUUUAUUGUUCCCGUAAUUAUCUUAUGGGAAUUUGUAAUGAACAGCCUCAACUUAUUCCCUGAUAAUUUAAGUGAUAUCCAAGUAUCAUAA